AUGAGCCAUCCGACCGACGGAAGCUGCAUCUUCUGCAAGAUCGUGGCCGGGCAGCUUCCAUGCUUCAAGCUGUUCGAGGACGAUACGACCAUCGCCUUCAUGGACAUCAACCCGGUCAAUCCCGGUCACGCGCUGGCCGUCGUGAAGGGGCAUUGGCCGACGGUCGACGUCAUUCCGGCCGACAUUCUCGGCGAUGUCGCGAGGACCGCGCAGCGCGUGGCGAAGGCCGCGCUCGCCGCACUGGAGCCCGCCGGCGUGAAUCUCCUGCAGUCCAACGGGCCGGGCGCGGGGCAGAGCGUGCCCCACCUCCACGUCCAUAUCCUGCCGCGCUAUCCGGACGACGAGGUCCGGCUGAACUGGGUCUAUGAGCCGGGCGACAAGGCCGAGAUCGCGGCGAUCUGCGAGAGGCUGAAAGCCGUCCUCGCGUAG